UCGCUGUAUUUGAAUUGGGCCUAUUGUGUGCGCGCGCGCAAAUGUCACACGCGAUCGAUAUCGUCACUGAUCACGGGCACCAUUACUGUUACGCAAAUGGAUCGAUGAUAAUGACGAUGCAAGUGAAGGUCCUGGGUCUAACGGUGAUGUGUGCGCUGUUGGGAGCGGCAGCGGCGGGCGCGGCGCUGCCGUUGGCUUCAACCCUCUUCAAGACCAUCAUACCAGCCCAAACUAAGUCCUUUGGAUAUUCUACUACGCAAUAUAUCGGUUCUUUACCGACCUCGUACCAGAUUGGACUGCGUCCGCAAAUAACAUACCAGUUGCCUCAAUUCAGUUCUAUCGCUCCUCAAUACACUCACUACGCGAUCCCCGGCGGCUCAACUUACUUCUCUUCCCUUGCAUCCUUUCCGUAUUACCCUGGAGUAGCCUCUUUUGCUCCAGUUGCUUCUAUUCCCACUGUAGUAGCAUCGCCCGGCUACCCGGGCUUGCAGCCAGUAGCUCCAGCAUACCCAACUCAACCUGAUACCACCCCUAGCUUCCCUACACAAGAACUAACGCCCACGACACCAGCCAGUCCGCCAGCCGGAGAUUCUGACUCAGCUGUCGUGGAUUCAAUCGAAUUCCCAAACCAGGAUCAACAGAAGGAUAAACCAUCCACGCCUCAGUCUCCCCCUGCUAGCAUUUUCCCGAGCUACCCUUCAUUACAAGACUUCCCGGCGAUACCUCAGGUCCCCCAAGGAUCUAAACAACCUUCUAUUCCACAAAACCCACAGGGUUCUGAGCAGCCAUCUUUCCCCGAAAACCCUCAGUUCCCCCAAGGAUCUGAGCAGGGGCCUUUAUUUCCUCAGUUCCCUCAAGGAUCUGAGCAGGGACCUUCAUUCCCUCAAUUUCCUCAAUUUCCUCAAGGAUCUGAACCUUCAUUCCCCCAAAUACCUCAAUUUCCCCAGGGAUCUGGCCAACCAUCAUUCCCACAAAUCCCGCAAUUCCCUCAGGAGGGCUCCGGACAGGGACCAUCUUUCCCGCAAAUUCCUCAAUUCCCACAGGGUACCGCGCCAGGUUUCCCUCAGUUCCCGACUUCGCCGCCGGCCACUUUCCCUGGCGCUGAUAACUCAGACAAAGGCUUGAACGACGAAGACACGAUAUCCGUUGAAUCGGCAUAAGUUUAAGGUAUGAUUAAUUUGUAAAUAAAAUUGUUUUUCACAA